AUGCAAACUCGAUAUGAGCAGGCAGCAAUGUUCCCUUUGGUGCACGUUUGGUGCGAUUACCUUGUCGCUAGGAAGGUGUUUAGCUCUUUUGCUGAUGAUAAAACACGCAUCUUGUGCGCGUUUCAGAAUAUCUUCAAAGAAGAAAGCAGCGUGCAAGUCUCUCGUCGUCUGGUGGAUAACACUACUAUGCUUAGAUGUCAUCGCACCAAAAACGUGUUCCUAAUGGAAAUAUGUGUUGCUAACGACUAUUCUGCUGUUGCUCACGUCUGUCGUGGAGACUAUCUAGUGGCCGGCGCUGACCCGCUGGUCUUUAUUUGCGAUCAAGACAUCUUUGUGAUUGGAUUGAUGAAGACUUUCCUGCUGUUUGGAGCUCAAGGGGCAUAA